GCCGCCCUUCCCGCCGGACCGCCCUCCCCGUCACGUGCCGGGAGCGCGCUCCGGGUGCACGAUGAUGGUGGCGGCGGCGCCCGGCGGCGGCGGGUAGAAAAUGGCGGAUUUCGAGGAGCUGCGGAAUAUGGUAUCAAGUUUUCGUGUUUCUGAACUGCAAGUGCUGCUGGGAUUUGCUGGACGUAAUAAAAGUGGUCGCAAACAUGACCUCCUGAUGAGGGCACUGCACUUACUGAAGAGCGGCUGCAGCCCAGCAGUUCAGAUCAAAAUCCGAGAACUCUAUAGGCGCCGGUACCCAAGGACGAUUGAGGGACUGUCGGAUUUGUCGGCUAUAAAACCUGCAGCGUUCAACUUGGACAGCAGCUCCUCUCCAGUUGAGCCUGACUUGGCUGUCGCGGGCAUUCACCCUCUCCCUUCCACUUCAGUCACGCCUCAGUCUCCAUCUUCACCUGUCAGUUCUGUGCUCCUCCAAGACACUAAGCCUCACUUUGAGAUGCAGCAGCCAUCCCCUCCGAUUCCACCUGUUCAUCCUGAUGUUCAGCUGAAAAGCUUACCUUUCUACGAUGUGCUCGACGUGCUCAUUAAACCCACGAGUCUAGUACAGAGCAGUAUUCAGAGGUUCCAGGAGAAGUUUUUUAUCUUUGCUUUAACACCUCAGCAGGUCAGAGAAAUCUGUAUUUCCAGGGACUUUUUGCCUGGAGGCAGGAGAGAUUACACUGUCCAAGUUCAGCUAAGGCUAUGCUUAGCAGAGACAAGCUGCCCUCAAGAGGAUAAUUAUCCUAAUAGUUUGUGCAUUAAAGUAAAUGGGAAGCUGUUCCCAUUGCCAGGAUAUGCUCCACCACCAAAAAAUGGAAUUGAACAGAAGCGACCUGGGCGUCCCUUGAAUAUCACUUCUCUAGUUAGGCUGUCAUCAGCAGUGCCAAACCAGAUUUCCAUCUCUUGGGCUUCUGAAAUUGGAAAGAAUUACUCCAUGUCUGUGUAUCUGGUUCGCCAGCUCACCUCAGCUAUGCUUUUGCAGAGGUUAAAAAUGAAAGGUAUCAGAAAUCCUGAUCAUUCCAGAGCACUAAUUAAAGAAAAACUAACUGCAGAUCCUGAUAGUGAGAUUGCCACAACCAGUCUGCGUGUCUCUCUGAUGUGUCCUCUGGGAAAAAUGAGACUGACAAUCCCAUGCCGGGCUGUGACUUGCACACACCUGCAAUGUUUCGAUGCUGCUCUUUAUCUUCAAAUGAAUGAAAAGAAGCCUACCUGGAUCUGCCCUGUCUGUGACAAAAAGGCAGCUUACGAGAGCCUAAUACUAGAUGGCCUCUUUAUGGAAAUCCUUAAUGAAUGUUCUGAUGUGGAUGAGAUCAAAUUCCAGGAGGAUGGUUCCUGGUGCCCCAUGAGGCCAAAGAAGGAAGCUGUGAAAGUGUCAAGUCCACAGUGCACCAAAAUAGAAAGUUCCAGUGUUGUUAGCAAACCAUGUUCCGUGACAGUGGCCAAUGAAGUGAACAAGAAGAAGGUUGAUGUUAUCGACUUGACAGUGGAAAGCUCUUCUGAUGAAGAAGAAGAUCCUCCAGCCAAAAGGAAGUGCAUAUUUAUGUCUGAAAUACACGGGAGCCCAACCAAAGGGUUUGUCAAUUUUAAAGGUUCUCAUGUAUCAGCCAUCUACUGCCAGAGUGCCCAGCGUGACGACGGUCGAUGCUGCUGCAAUUCCUCCUUCAUUAACAGACUACCCAGUACCAUUCCAUCACCCACCAAUAUCCAGUAUUUCAUCGGACUUGCCAGACAUACCCUAAAUGCCUAUGAUGUAUUCUUCAACACUGCUGCUAAAUAUCAGACAAAAGGUCUGGAUUUUCUUUCGCUAAUCCCAGUUGAUUCACAGCAGUACUGUCCUCCUAUGUUUUUGGAUAGUCUCACCUCAACCUUAACAAGCAGCACGCCUGGCAGCAUCAUCACCUCCACCAGCCACCACGAGAGCAGCACGCACGUUAGCUCCUCGGGCCGGGCCGAGGCCGGCGUCAUCACCAGCAGCGGCGGCGGCGGCAGCGCGCCCGACAUCAUCUCCCUGGACUGACCCUCGGGGCAGCACGGACCCCGCGGGCAUUGCACACAGCUGCUGCUGCUCCUCCUUCCCCCCAUCUGGAAUUCCAGCACCUCGGAGCUCACGCUGAUAUUUAUUGAAAGGAUUUCCCUCCUGGGAGAGUGGGGUGAAUUUCGUUGAUGCUCGGAAGAGAAGCGAUAGGAUGGUUUUUAGUUGGGCUUUUUGUUUUUCUUUCUCCUGCUUGUUGAAUAGCUGGUGUAGAAAAGGCCCUUUUGAGAAUACAUGUUCAAGCUAUUAGUUUGUUCUGGGGAUACUGACUUUCUGUUGUGUGGAUUCCAUAAGUGCUUUUUAUUUUUGUUGUAAAAUACAGCAAUAAUGUAAAAACAAAUGAGUUUUUUUUUAUUAAAGAAGAGCACUUACUUGCUCUAGGACAGCAGUUAGGAAAAAGGUGCAGAAGUGUAGGAAUUAGUGAAUUUUUAAUAUUUUCACUGGGGCCUGUAAUAAACUUCAUUAAGAGAAUGAAGCUUUGAAUAGCCAUGACAUGUGUUUUGUGUCUUGUUCCCCACCUCCCCAUUACCUGGGGAAAUAGAGAAAGCCUCUAUAAAUGGAGUUGUUGGGGGUUUUUUUCCUAGUUUCAUGUUCCAAAUGCAACAAGAGCCUAAGCUGUGACCUCUUCCUCUUUUAUGUUCUUUGAGCUAGGAAGGGGACAGACUAUCUAUGCAAACCCUGCAUCACACAGUCUCUGUGCUGCCAUGUUAUAAUUGGGACACCUUGCCACCACCAAAAACUCCCGGUAUACAGUGGAAUGUUCAGGUGCUUUUUGUGGCAUCUGUAGACAGAUGAAAUAGGAAAGACUUUCUCCAGUGCAGGAGUGCUUUCUAGCAUUUCCUGAUUAUGGUUUCUUUCUCCUCAGCAGCUGCUGUAUUCCAUGUGGACUGUAAGGGAGGCUUGGCUUUUUAGGAAAUAGAAGCCAUAGCUGCACAGUGUCCCCACCUAAUUUUGAAUUGUGUGUUUAGGGCUUAAUGAUGCUUUGCCCCACAUUUCCUGGCCUUCUGAUUGUUGCUUUUCUACUUCAAAGGGAACAACUUCCCCGUUUUACUCCUCUGAUGACUGUGCUGCUUUGUUAGUGUGUACGCAGUGUCUGCCCACACACACCUGGGGAUAACCUCAGCAGUACUGUAUGUGGAAGAGGUUACAGACUAGGAAAACCAAGUCAUUUCCAUGGAGCUGGAAAUAAAAUAAUGGUAUUGUCUAUGUAUGCUGAAAUAACAGCUUUUUCAAGUGUUGUAUUUCUGUUCAAUAACUGUAUUUGAGAUUAUUCCUUCCCUAAUGACCAGAUCUUACUUUUUUGCUAAUUUUUUUGUUCCUUUUUUCUUACCUCUUUAGUUGGAUGUCUGGUGCUUUUUGCCUUCCAGUACUGUUACAGUAUUUGAACCAAGUACAUGGAUGAGGAGGUAUAUAUACAGAACAGGAUGUUUUGUGAUUUUUGUCUGCCCUGUACCCCUACCUUUAAUGCUGCAUUACUGUUCCUUAUUGCCUUUUUUGUAUGAUUCUUCACGCAGUCUUGAGUUCACAUGUUGGUCUUAAUAGUGCCCCAAUCUUUCUUUUCUUUUUUCUUAUCAGUUUAAUAUUUUGUACCUGUUAAGGAUCAGUUAUUAGCAUGAUUUAUUUCCAAUAAAACCAUGCUUGUUACAAAGUUUUUCUUGAUGGCCUGCAGCAGAUCAGUGCUUUCUGCAUCACCAUUGCACGUCGACUUGACCUGUAAGUAGAGUGUGGAAAGAGGUUCCAAGAGUAACUCUGAAUAAAAGUUUUAAACUGGUUGCUGCUGAAAA